AUGGAGGAGAUAGAAGUGCUCACCCACAACUGUGUCUUCAAGCUGGAGCCACUGCCUGUGGGAAGAAAGGCCAUUGGGGCAUGUUGGCUAUUCAAGAUCAAGCGCCUCGCCAAUGGCAUGAUUGACCGCUUCAAGGCCCAAUGGGUGGGCAAGGGGUACUUGCAACAACCUGGAAUUGAUUUUGAUGAAACCUUCUCCCCUGUCAUGUGCAUUGAGAAUCUACAACUUCUGCUGGCCAUUGCAACUGCGCUUGACCUUGAGAUCCAUCAGAUGGAUGUGGACACCACAUUUCUCAAUGCUGAGCUAACUGAGGAGGUGUACAUUGAACAACCAGAAGGCUUUGUCAACCCCAACAAGCUGCACCAUGCUCUGCAUGAGUGGAACUGCACCCUUGACGCUCACCUUUGUGACAAUGACUUCAAGCCAACAGUUGCUGACCUGUGCAUCUAUGUCUGUCAAUGGGAAGACCAUCAACUAGUUGUGAUUGCCGUCUACGUUGACGAUUGUAUGAUCAUUGCUCCCAAGCACCUCCUUGAUGAGACCAAGAAUCCCAGACUCAACCUGCUGAAGCUAGAUUGCAUGGCCAAUGAAGACAGGAGCCUGCCUUACCACUCGGUGGUAGGCAGACUAUGCUACCUGGCCCAUUCGACUUGGCCCAACAUCGCCUUCACCGUCAACAUACUGAGUCAACACCUCACGGCCUACUCCAAGGCACACUGGAGUGCGGCCAAACACCUGCUACGAUCUGACUACAGCGCCAGCAGACUCAUUCCCCAAGUCUACUGCGACACUGACUGGGGGGGAGAUGUCAACACUCAGCGUUUGAUGACUGGAAUCGUCUGCACCCUACUCGGUGCACUGAUCCACUGGUCUUUGAAAUCGCAACGCUGCAUUGCGCUGUCCACCUGUGAAGCGGAGUACAACGCACUGACGGAGGCAGCCAAGCAGUCAGUCUAUCUUCAUGACAUCUGCGACGACCUCGGCCUCACAUCAAGCAGACCAACGAUCAUCUACAACAACAACCAGGCGGCGCUCAAGAUCGCCAACUCCAACCCCAGCAAGCACCACCCACGAUCAAAGCACUACGCAGUCAAGCUCAUGUAUCUUCAAGAGUUGAUCGCCAACGGACAUGUCGAGCUACACCACCACCCCUCUCAAGACAUGCCCGCCAACGCGCUCACCAAAGCCUCCAGACGAACACGCAUCAUCAAGCAGCUGAAGCUACUUGGCAUGUUCAAUUCCCUGGUUUCGAUCAAGGGGCGUGUUGAGGAGCGCACAUGA